UGAGUAGGGUCUUACUAAGUUGCCCAGACUGGCCUUGAAUUCGGGGUCCUCCUUAGCCUCCCAAGUGACUUGGAUUAUAGGCAUGUGCCAUCAAACCUGGCUAUCUUGUUACUAUCUGAAGUGUUUUUUUCUGCUGCAUGAACUUCCCAUUCUGGUGACAUGGUUUCUCCCAGUUGGAAAGAGUCUAGAUGCUGGGGCCUGGGGUAAUCAGCUUGCAUUAACUCCAUCUUUCCCUUCCUGCUUGCAGCCCAUGGCGAAUUGUGGAUGAUUGUGGUGGAGCCUUCACUAUGGGUGUCAUUGGAGGUGGAGUCUUCCAGGCUAUCAAGGGCUUCCGCAAUGCCCCUGUUGGAAUUCAACAUCGGUUAAGGAGUAGUAUCAACACUGUGAGGAUCCAUGCACCCCAGAUUGGAGGUAGCUUUGCAGUGUGGGGGUUCCUGUUCUCAACCGUGGACUGCGGCCUGGUGCAGCUGCGAGGCAGGGAGGAUCCCUGGAACUCCAUCACUAGUGGUGCAGUGACUGGGGCUGUGCUGGCUGCCCGCAGUGGACCAUUGGCAAUGGUGGGCUCAGCGAUGAUGGGGGGCAUUCUAUUAGCCCUCGUUGAGGGUGUUAGCAUCCUCCUCACUCGCUUUACCUCCCGACAGUUCCGCAAUGUACCCCCAUUGCUAGAGGACCCCAGCCAACUCUCCCCUAAGGAGGAUACCCCAGACACAGACUUUCCCAGCUGUCAGCAAUACCAUUAAGGAAGCCGCCACAUGACACCACCACUAUGGGAGCUGCUCCUCGGUUCUCUCACCAGUGAUCUACCUCUAAGGGAGGGCUAACUUUUAGUUAGCCCUGGACUCUCCCGAGAGGGCCUUUAUUCUGCUCCCUUGUCCCAGGGUAGGGGUGGGGCAUCCCAGUGGCCUUGACAGGCCGAUUCCCUUUUUCUCUCUCAGGGCACCCUAGUCCCACAUUCACAUGUAAUAAGUUCUCAUCCCAGCUUCUUUGUGUUGCACCAUGAUGAGUUUUUUAAAGCCAGUUUUGAAAUUCCUGUUUAUGCACUCCCAGGACCUCCCUCUCAGGACAAGGGCAGAGCCCUUUUCAUGACUCAGAAGCCCUAGGACUUAGAGUCCCACCAUGAAUGGGCUCUAAUAAACAUUUAUGGGAUGAAUGAGCAGGAAGGGAGAAGUGCAUGAAGAUAAGAAUUGGGUACAUGCAUAAGGGUGUGCAGGAGCCAAACAAUGAAUGAGCAGACAGGAACAUGUUUGAAAAGAAGUGCACAAACACAGGGAUUGUUGGGGGUGCACAUGUUUGUGCAUGUUGUACCCCUGACACUGUACACAUACACAUUCUGCUAUCCUGACCCCUCCUCCAUAAGCUCCCAUGGCCAAAGCUGGGAAAUUGACCUUACAAGAAGCCCUUUCUUUCUAGAUACCAGUCACCCCAUUUUCAAAAAUUAUCCCCAUCCAAUGUGACCUCACUGUGGCCCUAGAAUGGAAGUUGGUGUCAGGGAGAUAUGGUUUCUUCAAAAAAAGGUCUCCUGUGUCAGUCUCCCCUUCUAUCACAGGAAUACUUUUCUACAGAGUAGAUCAUGCAGUGUUGUCAGUUGUUUGGAUCACUGUCUUAGCCCACCUGAGCCUCCAGAGUAGCUAGGAUUACAGGUGUGCCUCACCAUGAUUGGCUUAGUUGUUUGUUUGUUCAGGCCAAUCAUAAAAGAACUAGAAAUUAAUUUUCAUUUUAGGAUAGGAAAUGAAUGGGCAAGAGAUUUUUUUGGAUGGACAUCACAUUCACGUGAUGUCACUUAUGUGUAAAUCCUAUGUGGCUGAGGCAAAUUGGGGUGCAAAUGCCACAGGGAGGCACAAAAGCUUCCAGAGAAAUCAAGGGUUUCCUUUGCACAAACGGCCGCAGUACACAUGACCUCAUGGGAGACAAAACCUGUUCCUAUCUGCAAGCCAUUGCAACUUGAUGGAAAUGCUCUUUCCCUGGUAUAAUAUUGGUUCAUAGGGAUGCAAAGGUGUCAGAGCCACUAUGCAUCCUGCAUGAAUGAUAGUGCCAGGUAGUGCAUGACCACCCCACCAAGGGCCUGAGAAAAGCAGGGCAGGAUGGGGUUAGUGUGCAUCAGGAACAUGGCUGGAGCCUUGGGGUAUGACCCCUAACCAUUGGUGCCACAGACACUUAGAGCAGCAGUGCCUUCUGGACCUCUUCUGCACUCCUAGGCCUCAUCCCACUCAGGAUUAUUCCAGUGGCCUUUUUGGUCUAGUCUGCUAGUUACUUCCAGCCCUCAUCUUGCUUACUACCUCUGCCAGGCCUUUCUUUUCCAGGAGUCCACCAGCCUUACUCCUUGCCCAUCUUUCCAUGCUGCCCUCUAAGGCAAAUGCAGCUACCGCCUCUACACAAUCCUACACUAUCUCCCUCGUCCCCUUUAAAUGGGCCCUGGCCCUACAAACCCCUUACUAUCUGCAGGUUCUCCAUCCUCUGUAGCCUCUAAAUUCUACCUCAUCUAACUUUAAGGUCCCAUCCCUUAAGGCACUUCCAAAUGCUAUGGCAGUCAGCCCUCCUCUGUGCCUGGGAAUCCAUUCAAGUUCACCACUGGGGGGCAACUGGACCAAUGCAGUCUGGGCCCCUGUAGGUGGCUCGCCUGCUCACCAAGUAACAUUCAGGGCCUCUUCCUACAGUAGUUCCUCCAGCCUCUAGUUGGGAUAGGGUAGGCUGAUGCCAGAUUUAAAAUAUGAAGGAGAGGGGUUAGAAAGUGAGGCUUAGAAAAUAAAGAAUCUGCACCCUGGGUAAUUUGUACUGCUAAAGUUUUAAUAAACUUGAAAUGAGAAGGAGGGAAAGAAAGAGUUGUAGGGCAGCUUCAGAUUAUGGUGCAUGUGUCAGCUUCCUAAGAGAAAUAUAGGGUCAGAUUCAGGGAGGGACUGAGAUGGAGAGAAGGUAAAAGAGACAACAGAGUUGAGAGAUGAGAAGUAGAAACAAAGAGAUGCACAUAGGGAGAUACAGAGGUGGAGGCAGAAAGAGACAUGCAAGAGAUAAAUGAAAAAAGAGGGAAAGAGCAGGGCAUGGUGACACAUGCCUUUAAUCCCAGCAGCUUGGGAGACUGAGGUAGGAGGAUCAUGAGUUCAAAACCAGCCUCCGCAACUU